AUGUCCGCCUUCAGCAUGCUAGGCUCGGGGGUGGAUAUAUUGGGAAUGAGUCCGGCCGAGUUCUAUUGUCUUUUACAGAAGGACGUUGAACGUGAGCUGGAACGUCACUUCCCUCAGUACAUUGACAACGAGUCACUCCUAGACAUCUACACCAAGUGGCUAGUCUUCCAGAUUCCUAACCUGGGACAUCGUUCCCACGAGGAUUCGUCCGAAACUAUCAGGCGAGGUUGCGACUACUUGAGUUCCAGAAAUUACAAGAAGGGACUCGUCCUCAGUGCCUUCUCGAGGCACAAAAACUGCUACAUCAGAGGCCAUCCUGAGGCAACACGACGCCGAGCGAACCUCGCCAUCGUCUUGAUUCUUACCGCCCUUUUUCGCACUAUCCUGAUUCUUAUUCUCGUGGAGACUACUUUUACCGUCCUGAUGAUUUUUAUCGCCCCGGCAAAACCCGUCGCCCCGAUAUUUCGGUUCAUCGUGAUGAACCAGAUCGCCAGGAUAAUUCGGAACGCCAGAACGGGCGUCUAUCCCCGUACCAUGACAAUGACUCACGGCACUAUGAGUCUCCAUAUUGCGGUGAUAGAUUGCAUCGUCGCGAAUCUCCAGGUCGCUGGGAUGAGCCACGCCGCCGCGAGCCGUCGGCUCGCCCCAAUGGAUCACGCCAAGCCGCUGAUUCGUAUAAUCCUGACGGAUCGAGGCGUCGGGAGAAAGCGUUCAGAUGGCCGACUGUCACCUUGGGAUGAUAUCCACCCGCCACCGAAGAAGCCGCGCCAACAAGAUGCUUGGGAAGGCGGUCUGCCAUGGGAUGAUUUCGAGGCACCUCGAGAGAACAAUAAGAGAGAUUCCGCCGACUCUGCGGCUGCCAAGCAUGUUAUCGCCAUCGAUCAUGAGCCUGCUCCGAUUGACAAUUCGAAGAAAGCGGUAGCUAGCCUUGGCGUAGCCAAGGCAGCGGGAGAACCGACUGAAGCCGAAUGGGAGCAAGCUGGAAUAGAGGCAAACGCAUUCCUGGAGGCGCUCGGCAGGGAGUUGGCCGAGUGCCCGGAACUUGAAACCUCAGCUAAUUUGCGGAACCAAGGCAACAGCGAUAGCCCUACUUACUCGUCCGCUUCGCCCGUUUCCAGCGCUUGUCAAUACCACUCUCCAGCAAACUCAGUCCCAGAUGACGACGAGGAUUCUUUCAUGGAUGACGUUCUUGACGAUAUUGCCGAACCAACUCGAAGCAAGGGUUGUAAGAUCGACGAAGACCAGCCUUGCUCUGAUCCAGUCAUUAUCCCUUAUCAGACUCUGAAGUCGCUCCAGAGAGAUCCGCCAUACGACUCUGAUGUUUUGAAUCUUUUCCGGUGCAAGAGGGACAGCCAUGUAUACAUCAACGUGGCCAGGCGCAGAAAUGCUGUCGAUUUUUACACGGAGACUGAAGAAGAACGAGCCACCGUUAGCAUGUCAAAUCUUGCAGUCUGA